AUGAAGAUUGUUUUCCAUCUCUUUGCUCUCUUCCUCCUGGUACUGCAAAGCUCUGCAGGAUUCACCCAGUGUCCUCCUACUAACGUCCGUGAAUGUAUAGAGCUUGGGGGCUUGUGCUAUGGUUCAUGUCCCGCCCCUUAUAGAGAGAUUGGGAGCUGCGGUUGUGGGGCCUCUUGCUGUCAGUGGCGGUUCAUGGUUCCGAUGGGGGCUAAAUCAACCACCCAAGCUGAUGAGAAGCUCAGCCAGUGAGUGAUGGCAGCAGAGAUUAUCAAUGCAGGAUAUCUGGAAAUCUGGCAGAUGACGUCUUGCUUCUAAAAUCCCUGGAUCCUUUUCCUCUGGGCUGCAGAGAAUGUCUCAAGCUAGAACAAAAUCCA